UUGACUUGCUGUGCACACCAAUUACAUGGGUGAUUAGGUGAUAGAGAAUGGACUACAGUUUGUCAUGGAAAUUUUGCAUCUUUAUCGUUUAUCAUGGUCUUUUCUACUGCUGCAUCUUCAACUUCAGUCAUGGAAAUUUCGCAGAACAAUUAUCACAGUGUUUGAAAGAGUAAUUGGUAGUAGCUGGUCGGCGGUGCAAAACAAAAAUGUUUUCUGAUCUUUGACCUUUUAUCUUUCCUAAAUUGGUCCUUGACCUUCCAUUGCUUGGUUAAUUUACCAGAGCCUCUUUGAUAUUAGAGUAAUAGAAAAUGGAUUACAGUUUGGCAGCGUUAAAAGUGCUAAGCGCACAGUUGAAGGAUGCACGAGAAGCUCCUUCGCAAAACGCCCUAACCCUCGGUGGCAUCCUCUUCCAGCGAGCCUGGUUACAGGGCGUUCUGCUCUCGGCCGCCGGCGGUGAUGACUCUCGUCUGCUUCUUGAUGACGGGACGGGCAUUGUCGAACUUGGCCUAGCCGGCGAGUUCCGUCUCCGUCCAUGGAAUUCAGGAAUGUACGUGAUGGUGGUUGGCGGGUAUCUUGUUCGUACGAGUGAUAUUCCUAUAAUUAAGGUUUGUGGCCAUAGGUAUUCACAAUGUUGGAUGGGGAAGUAUCCUGUGUGUACCAUGUUGAAUUUGGUGAAAAAGACUAUUGAAAAAACUAAGAGCUGUUCUUUGAUUCUCUGUCUAAUUUAUGCGAAUAAUAAGCUGAUUUAUAAAAGAAAAUCUUUUGACUGGAGAAGGUGGAUUGCAUCAGCAUUACUGAAAAUGGAAGAGGUUUUCUUUCCUCAAUUUUUUUUUUCAGAGAAGGAGACAGAGUGGUUGGUCAGUUCAUUUACACAAUUCUCUUGGGAGAAAGGAGAUGCAUCAUAGUUUAGAAGUAUGGUGGGUAGUAAACAUACUUUAUGGAUGUCAUUGGAGUAAACAGAAGCAGUAGGAACUUGCCAUUGCUGAAAGAAUGCAGGAGAAAAGGAGGAUUUAUAUCCUUGAGGGUGGGGAAGCUAGUGGUUGUUGGAGGAUGGCGAAGGCAGUUAGUGGGUUGCUUGGCAGGGAUUUUGCACCUCCCUGGAAGAGAAGCAUGGAGGUUUCUAACACAUCUUCUGAAGGGGAAGAAGACAGAGGCCAAGUAUCAAUGGUAUGGGCAACCUGUGCUGUCCUGAAUGCAAUGUGAAGAUUUGGAUUAAGGGGGAGGCGGUCGAUGGGUGAAAAGGUGAAGGCUUUUGUAGAAACAGUGACUAUUGCAGGUUCAUGGUUUAAGAAGAAGAGAUCUGAUUCCAAAACAGGUCAGGUUUUUUUUUUCUCAAAUUUCAACACCUGCCUCGCAUUGGGCCAAAACAAGCGGGCCCAAAGAUAGGUUUUAAGAAGGAUAGAACAGGCCCAUUUGUGCAUCAACCUGGGCCUGAAGAUAGGUUUUUGCAAAUGAUACGCUUCUGUUUUGUAAGCCUGAACCACAAUUCUUAGUGAAUAUGAGGUGUGUGUUCUUUUGUGUCCAAGUUGUUUCUAGGAUCAAAAUAAACGUGUCAAAAAUCUGAGUUGGUCUGGAUAGGGGAUAGGAAGGAUUUAGAAAGCCCGGCUAGUGUUCUGAGGUAUGGAGGGACUGAUUUCCUAUGAAGUAUUUGGCUCUCCCCCUGGAUGCUAAAUUCAAAUAUAUCUCCACAUGGAAUCCUAUUAUCAGCAAAUUGAAGCGAGACUAGCAAGAUGGAAGAGGAACUUCCUGUCAAAAAGGGGAAGACUGACUCUCAUCAAGAUUACACUUUACAAUCUACCGAUUUAUUCUCUAUCGUUCUUGACCAUUCCAGUGAUAGUGAUAAAGCAGUUUUAGCUAUUCAAUGCAGAUACAUAGGGGAAGAUUCGAGUGGAAAAAGGAGUUUUCAUGUAGUUGCUUGGUGAAAGCAAUCAAAGAACCAUAUAAUAGGGGCUGUCUUGGUAUCAAGUCAAUGAUUGGGCUGAAUAAAACCUGCAAAGAAAGUGGCUAUGGAAAUCCAUGAAGGAGAGAGAUAGUUUCUACAGGCGGGUAAUAAGAGCUAAGUUUGGCACUGAUAGUAACAGGUGGUAUACAAGGACUUCAAGUAGGUCUCUUUCAGUCAGCUUAUGGAGGAAAAUUGGUAUCGGAAGAGAUGAGUUCCAAGAUGAAAUAGCUUGGGAGGUCAAAGCAAGGCAAGAUGUGAGGUUUUGGUUGGAAGAAUGGAUGGAAGGUGGUAUAUUAAGGCAACAAUUCCCCAAAAUUUAUUCCUUUGCUUGCAAUAAGAAGGCAACAACAACAAGAUCUUUCUCCAAUUAAGAGGGUAGUGGAACCUAGGUAGUUGAUCUGGUAAGGAACCACAAUGAGUGGGAGGUAAAUGAAUAUGUUGGUUUGUUGCAUUCUUUUUUCGCAAUAGGGAAGACUCUGAUGUCCUGGAUGAGUCAAGGUAGAAAUUGCGCCAAAAAGGGAUUUUUUGGUAAAAUCCUAUUGCUACCAUUUGGCGGCAAGCAGUAGAAUUUUCGAAGAUUUCUUGUCGAAAUUGAUUUGGAGGUUAAAGCAUCUCAUAAAAUUGCUUUCUUUUCCUAGGAGGCAAUGCGAUGAUGUAUGUAUCACAGAUAACUUGAUCAAGAGGGGAAAAAUAAUUGCAAAUUGAUGUUAUUUAUGCAAGAGACCUGCAGCAUCUAUCAACCAUCUUCUCUCAUGUUGUUCUAUCUUCUAUCAGGUUUGGUGUUUGAAAGGGUAUGCAUGGGGAUAAGGCUUCGACAACAAUCUCAGCAUUAUCCCUUUGGCUAUCCUUUGAGUUGUUAGGAUAGAGAGGAAAAUAAGAAUCUUUGAGGAUAUAAAAUGUUCUUUUGAGAGAAUUGGGCUCUUAAUUUCAGACUUUAGGUUUUUUUAUUAAGAGUCAUCCCCCUCUAUUCUAGUGAGAAUUUAGGGGAUUCGGUUGAUACAUUGAUGAAGUUGUAAAAUUUUUUAUAUGGGUUGAUACGUUGGUGCUCUUAAUAGUAUUCUUUUUAUUUUUGAAAAGUUCCUUUAGAAGAUUGAAUCAUUUUCUUAUUGGAAAGGUUGGAUGGUAAAUCAAACACUUUUCAUAGUAGCAUAUUGAAUAAAAAUAAUUCAUUUAAUGUUGCGAGCUAGCUAUUUCUUCAUUAAUACUUGGUUUAAUGAUGCAUUUCGCUACCAUGAUGGCCACAUUGUUGGUCAUAAAAUGGAUAUCUGGAUAGACUAUUUAAGCUUAUCUGUAAGAGAAUUUCUAUUAAAGCUAGAGUUGCUUCUGUUUUGUGGCCUUGUCAACUUGAAUUUUAAAAACGUUUUUGUGGGGUUCUUUAUGUAAGCAAUGCUUUCUCUCUGGCUUUGUAGUUUUCUUGUCUAAAGGAAAAUUAAAUCCAAAAGCUCAUUUUGGAAAGGCAUUGUUAGGAAAGUCUUAGCAGUCUACAAUAGGAGGAAUGACAUAAAAGGAAAUUCAUCCAUGGAGGGGCAAAAUUGUCCUUUCACCAUCUUGAAAUUUAAGGUUAGGGUUUGACUGAAUCAAAACCCUAAUUGAUGAAGACUAUCACAAGAUUGCCGCUACAAGUCACAAGAUCAAGGUGAUUUCCACCCCUUGGCCGCUCAUCCCUAUCAGUUACAACCUAUAAAUAGAACAUUCUUAUAUGCAAUAUAAUCAUCGAUUAAAAUCAGAAUUAUUUAAUUCUAAAGUCUUCUCUUGAUUCUUGCAAUGAUAAGAAUUGUUUUGCUCGUACAAUAUAAGUAAGGAAGCACAAAUACAAUUGCAGAUGCCCUAUUCAAAAGGGAACACAAGGAGAAUUCCAUAGAAGUACUUUACACAGUUACCGCCACUGUCUCUGCUUGGGUAAGUGAAGUAUCUAAAAGUUAUGAAGUGAUCGGACAUAGAACAAAUUAUCGCAUAACUCUUAAUUUCUCCGCAAGGCAAGCCUUCCUUCCACCUCUCUAAUGAAUUCCUUUAAUGCAGGGGAAUGGUAGUAUUGGGCAACAAUGAUAGUUUACGACACCAAAUAUUCCAACAUUGUCAUAACUCCACCAUAAGGGGUCACACAAGGGUCAAAGCCACCUACGAAUGAGUCAAACAAUGCUUCUAUUGGCCCGACAUGAAAAGGCAAGUCACCUAGUGGGUACAACAGUGUGAUACUUGCCAACGUUGUAAAAAUGAAAAAGUGGCCCUCCCAGGACUCUUACAACUGUUAAUCGGUAGUGGCCCAAGUUUGAAGUCAUAUAUAAAUGGAUUUCAUUGAAAAACAGCUCACGUCCGAGAACAAAGAUAUGGUUCUGAUGAUAGUAGAUUGGUUCAUAAAGUAUGGUCACUUUAUUCCUUUAAAGCAUCCAUUCUCAGCCUAUGGUGUUGCCCAGCAUUUUAUCGAAAUUAUUCACAAGCUGCACUGAGUGCCACAGGUCAUAGUAUUAGACCGAGAUCCCUUGUUCACAAGUCUCUUUUGGAAGGAAUUAAUGAAAACAAUUGCAACUUGCCUCCAUUUUAGCAUUGCAUAUUAUCCUCAAACAGACAAGCAGACUGAACGACUAAAUCAAUACUUAGAGAUAUAUUUGAAGCGCAUAACUCAUAAUCAAUCAAAAACGUGGAUGAAAUGGUUAUCUUCUGCUAAAUAGUGGUACAACAUAACCUACUACACGAGUCUCAAAAUGACCCCAUUCCAAGCUUUCUUCAGGUAUGCACCUCCUCAUUUUUUGGGCAUUGCUGAUUUCUCUCUAGUCUUCCUUUUGAUAGAAUAAUUGUUAGCAAAAAGAGAAGAGACCAACCAAAAAAUUAAGCAAUAGCUUCUGAGGGUCCAAGCCUGAAGAAAACCUUAUGCAAAUAAGAAUCGUUGUUAGAGGAGCUUUGAAGAACAUGAUUGGGUAUUACUCAAGCUGCAACUGUACAAACAUGGUACGGUAAGACAAGUCAAAGGAUCCAAGCUAUCACCUCGUUUCUGUGUGUAAUUUCAAAUAAUACAAGAGAUUGGAUUAGUAGCUUACAAACUUCAGCUACUCCCUAACUCUAAAGUCCAACCAGUGUUGCUUGUAUCGCGACUCAAGAAAUUCAGGAAAGGUAGAAACAGGGUGAUCAGGGUUUUACCUGACAAUACAAGAGAAGAUGAACUCAGUGUUCGACCAUGACAAAUAUUAUGACACUGAGUCAUAAUGUGAGGAUCUACGUCUAUAAAACAAGUGCUAGUACAAUGGGAAGACAUUGCAACUAAUGAAUGCACUUGGAAAGAUUAUGAUUACCUAUAGUGACAGUUUCCACAACUCAAGUUUGAGAAUAAGGUUGAUGUUCCAGGGGAGGCUAUUGUCUGGAAACCCUUAAUAGUCUACUACAAGAGGAAGGACAGAAAAGAAAAUUCACCCAUGGAGGGACAAAAUCGUUCUUUCACCAUCCUAGAAUAUUAGGGUUAGGGUUUGACCGAAUCAAACUAUAACUAGUGAAGACGAUUGCGAGAUGGCCGCUUCAAGUCACAAGAUCCUGGCAGUUUUCACGCCUUUUGCCGUUAAUCCCUACCACUUACGACCUAUAAAUAGACCAUUCUUCUACGCAAUGUAAUCAUAAAAUAAAAUCAGAAUUAUUUACCUCUAAAGUUUUCUCUCUAUUAUUUCUCUUCUUUUUCUCUCUUCUCUUCUUUUUUGCAUAUUAGAGACCAUGUCUAGAACUUCUGACACCUUAUUUAGGCGAUUGGUGGUUGUAUGGGAGUGGUGCAUGGUCUUGAUCUGUAAAAGGAAGAAGAAGAGAAAAGAGAAAAAAAGAGAAAGAACAGAGAAAAGAGAAAAAAAGAGAAAGAACAGAGAAAAGAGAAGACUUUAGAGGUAAAUAAUUCUAAUUUUAUUCGAUGAUUACAUUACGUAGAAGAAUGGUCUAUUUAUAGGCUGUAAGUGAUAGGAAUGAACGAUAAAGGGGGUGGAAAUUGCCCGGAUCUUGUGACUUGCAGCGGCAAUCUCACAAUUGUCUUCAUUUAUUAGGGUUUGAUUCGGCCAAGCCUUAACCCUAAUCUUCCAGGAUGGUGAAAAGACGAUUUUACCCUUUUGUGGGUGAAUUUCCUUUUUUGUCCUUCCUCCAGUAGUAGAUUGCUAAGUGGUUCUUAACAAUACAUUUUCUUUGAACAUCAACCUUAUCCUCGAAGUUGAGUUGUGGAAAUUGUUGUUGUAAGUAAUCAUAAUCUUUUCAAGUCCAUUCAUCAAUUAUAGUCUAUUUCCGUUGUGCUAGUACUUGUUUUAUAGACAUAGAUCCUCGCAUUAUGACUUGGUGUUGUAGCACUUGUCUCGGCCAAAUAUUGAGUUUAUCUUCUCUUGUACUUUAUGGUAAUCUCUUAUCACCCUGCUUUUGCCUUCAGUGUAUUUCUUGAGCUGUGAUAUAUGGAACACUGGCUAAAUUCUAAAGUUAACGGGUAGUUGAAGUUUGUAGGCUACUAAUCCAAAUCUCUUGUAUUAUUUGAAAUGGCACGUAGAAAUAAGAUGAUCUUUUGGAUCCUUUGGCCUUUCUUACUGUACCUUGUUUGUACAGUUGCAGUUUGAGUAAUACCUAAUCAUGUUCUUUGAAGAUCCUAUUACAACAAUUAUUAUUUGCAUAUUACUUUGUUCGGGCUUGGGCUUUUAGAAGUUAUUUCUUAAUUCUUUUGCUAGGCUCUUCUCUUUUUGUUAACAAUUCUUCCACCAAAAGGGAGGCUAGAGAGAAAUCAUUAAUAUCCAAAAAAUGAGGAGGUGCGUACCUGUAAAGAGCUUGGAAGGGGGUCAUUUUAAGGCUCGUGUGGUAGGUUGUGUUGUACCACCAUUUGCAGAAGAUAACCAUUUUGCCCAUGUUUUUGAUUGAUUAUGAGCUAUACAUCUCUAAGCAUUGAUUUAGUUGUUCAAUCUGAAUGUUUGUUUGAGGAUAAUAUGCAAUACUGAAAUGGAGAUAAGUUGCAAUUAUUUUCAUUAAUUCCUUCCAAAAGAGAUAUGAACAAGGGAUCUCGUUCUGAUACUAUGACUUGUAGCACUCAUUGUAGCUUGUGAAUAGUUUCCAUAAAACGUUGGGCGACACCAUGGGUUGAGAAGGGAUGCUUUAAAAAAAUAAAAUGACCUUACUUUAUGAACUAGUCUACUGUCACUAGAAUCGUAUCUCUGUUCUCGGACUUGGGCAAUUUUUCAAUAAAAUCCAUUAGUAUGUGCAUCCGAACUUGGGAAGGUAUUGGUAGCAGUUGUAGGAGUUCAUAAAGGGUCAUUUUUUUCAUUUUUAGGAUGUUGGAAAGUAUCACACUAUUGUACCCACUGAGUGGCUUGCCUUUUCAUGUCGAGUCAAUAAAGGUGUUGUUUGACUCGUUCUUGGAUGGCUUUGACCCAUAACUGACUCUUUAUGACAAAGUUAUGACAUUAUCAAAGUAUUUGGUGUCAUAGACUUUCAUUGUUGCUCGAUACUACUAUUCCCUUGUAUCGAAGGAGUUCAUUAUAGAGGUGGAACAAAGGCAUGUCUUGUGGAGAAAUUAAGAGUUCCGAGUCACUUGCAUAACUUUUAGAUAGUUCACUUACCCAAGCAACAAUAGUGGCGGUAACUGUAUAUAGUACUUUUGCAGAAUUCUCCUUAUGUUCCCUUAUGGAUAGGGCAUCUGCAACUGUAUUUAUGGGUUUUUCCUUAUAUUGUAUGAGAUGAUUCAACCCUAACAUUUUUAGAAUGCCUUUUUGUUGGAACACCGACGACACUCUUUGAUCUAUAAGUA